GGUAAAAGGGAGGAGGAAGUUUUCUCACGUGGUGCAAUGUAACCGUUCCUCCUCCCGCCUUACUUAGUCGCGACUCGAGCAGCGUUGGGGGUUAAGAUGUGGUUCUGAUCGGUCCACUGUGUGGUAGUAUUAGGUUUCCAGUGGUAGGUCUUAAUGGCAGCAUGGGCUUCCUUGAAUGAAGUACAUUGCUUUGAAAUCUUGUCAGGAUUUAAAACAACACUGCUGAGCCUGAACUUUUAACUGAGGACGUCUAAUUUCAGUGCAGGGUGGUAGUUGGAAAGUGUUUCAUGAAUAAUCCAGCAAUAACCAGUAAAUGUCAGCUGUCAUUAUGAAUACUAUGCAAGAUGGAUUUGCAGCAGAAAUAUAACAGCAUAUACGUGCACUGGAGACUUGUGCCAACAUUGUUUAAUAAUUUACUUUGGACAGCAGAAAUAUCGACUACGGAAAUGGCGUGUUUUUAGACAGUGAGAUUUUCUCUCUUCCUGCCUCUUAAUCAAGAUUUUUGAAAAUGCAGAAAGCCAGUGCAAUAACGUUGCUAUUUGUAUUUUGUGGACUCUUUGAAAAUGCAGAAACAUCUUUUCAGAGUUGCAUCCCCAGAAAAACAGUGGCGUUUCAAAAUGGCAUCAACAGAGUGUUUGCAGAACCAGGAAUCUUCAAUUAUUCUGUGCUCCUGAUAAAUGAAGAAACUGAUUCUCUUUUUGUUGGAGCCAGAGGAGCAAUUUUUGCUUUAGAAUUGAAUGAUAUCUCUAAAGCCGUGUCCUAUACAUACUGGUCUUCCCCUGAAUCAGCUCAACUGCACUGUGCCAGAAGAGGAAAGGAUAAAUCUGAUUGCCAGAAUUAUAUUCGUGUCUUUCACAAGAUCAAUUCUACUACAUACUAUGUCUGUGGGACCAAUGCAUUCCAACCUGCUUGUGAUUAUAUGGUUAUUGUUGAUGGACAGAUACAGCUUCUAGGAAGACGUGAAGAAGGCAAAGGAAAGUGCCCUUAUGACCCUGCUGAAAGAUAUGCUUCAGUUAUGGCUGGUGGUGAACUUUAUUCUGCUACUUCAUUUGACUUUCAAGGCUCGGAGCCAGUUGUAUUACGCAGCUUAGGAAAUGGCUUAAGAACAGAAUACACAGCAUCUUGGCUAAAUGAGCCUACCUUUGUUCAUGCAGACAUAAUAGAAGAGAGGGAGAAUAGCCUUGGUGGUGAUGACCAGAUUUACGUGUUCUUCAGUGAAAAAGCUGUGGAAUUUGAUUUCUAUGACAAAUUAAUUGUGCCUAGAAUCGCUCGUGUUUGCAAAGGUGAUCGAGGAGGGAUGCGAACACUUCAGAAAAAGUGGACCUCAUUUCUGAAAGCCAGGCUUUCAUGUUUGGAGCCCAGUUUGAACUUAGAGUUUAAUGUUGUCCAAGAUAUCUUUUUAUUAAAAACAACAGAUUGGAGAGAGAGAAUUUUUUAUGGGAUUUUUACUUUUCAGUGGGAAACUUUAGAUACUUCUGCAGUAUGUGCCUUCAACUUGUCACACGUUGAAGACGUUUUUUCCUCUGGAAGCUUCAAAGCACCAGUGACUUUGGAGCAGUCUCUUCUUGUGAAGUGGGUAAUAUAUACUGGUGAUGUGCCAUUUCCACGGCCUGGUGCGUGUAUCGGGAAUAAAGAAAAGGAACAUGGAUAUACAACCUCUCUUGAUUUGCCAGACAAAACUUUGCAAAUGGUUAAAGAUCAUCCACUGAUAGAUAGUGCUGUGAAAGCCAUUGAUAAUCUGCCAAAAUUGCUGAAACGAGGCUCAAAAUACACCAGGAUUGCAGUGGACAGGGUUGUUGCUUUAGACCACAGACUGCAUGAUGUUAUGUUUUUGGGAACAGAUGAUGGGUACAUUCAUAAAGCCGUUAACUACCAGGGAGAGAUGUUUAUUAUUCAAGAAGUCCAACUGUUUAUGUCACCACAACGAGUAGAGAGCCUUCAGCUUUCUUCAUUAAAGGGUUACCUGUAUGUGGGUUCUGCAUCUCAAGUAGUACAGGUACCUGUGUCAGAUUGUGGUCGAUACAGAAACUGUUUGGACUGUGUAUUAGCAAGAGAUCCCUACUGCAUAUGGGCUCGAAUACAACAGGAGUGUGUUAAUGUGUCUGAAGGAACUGCUGAUCCACAGAAGUACCUUCAGAGUAUUCCAGAUGGAGAUGCAUCUGAAUGUCCUACAGAUGAAAAUGGCAACACCGAAAGCUAUAUCAUUAUCCCUGGCAACACGAUUCAACUUAAAUGCACUCCAUUAUCCAAUCUUGCUAACACAAAAUGGUUGUUUAAUGGAAGCCUUCUUCAUUUAAUUGAUUCCAAACAUCUUUUAUAUGAUAAUGGUAUUCUCAUAUUUAAUUUUGCUGUACAAGAUACAGGAUAUUAUGAUUGCUACUCAGUAGAAAGAGUUAAUGGAAAAGAAUUUCAGUCUGUCCUGGUGAGCUAUGUGCUUUAUCCACAGCAGUCAGAGGUGACGAAACAUUUAGACACAACACCGUUUCAAAUUGUAUUGACAGAAACCAACAAGGAUGAACUUACUACAGCAUUUCAUCCUACCGCAGUACCUAUGUCACCAAAUAUAGACGUGUUAAACCCUGAAGAAGCAUCAGUUUGUCCACCACAAACGCAGACAAACCCUAAAAUAGAGGUUACUUUGAUUAUUCUUGUUGCUGCUUUUGCAGCCCUUCUUGCCUCUAUUCUACUGUGGAACCUUUACAAACGACACUUGCCUUGUGGUUGUAGAAGUAAGAUAAAUGAUUUGGGGCACUUCCAAGAAAUGAGACAGAAUACCAGAACUUUGCAUCAGGAUAACCAUACCAUGAUCAGCAAUACAGUGGUUCCAGAAACCCUAAGCAGAAGUAGCAGUAAUAGCAACAGAAACAUUGACUUCCAGGAGAAUGGGAAUAUUGAGACCUCAUUGACUUUGCUUGACCUAAAAUUCAUUGAUGAUGAUGAGUAUGAUGCUUGAACAGUCCAGCAACUGCAUGGAACAAAAUCAGUAUGGUAUUAUUUAAACAGACGCAUUGCAGUCCCUUAUCAAAGUGGACUAAAGCUAUUUUGUCAUAGAGUGAUGGAAGGUUAAUACAUAACACAGUUUGUACCUUUUAAAAUUAAAUAAAAAUAAACUGAAUUAAGAAA